GUGAGGUGGAGUGAGUGGAUGCUCCAGUCUGCAUUUCAUUCUUUCUCCCCGGCCGUCUCCUCCUCUCCUCUUUUCCUCUCCUCUCCCCUACCCUUCCUUUCUUCUCUCCUUCCCCUUCCCCUCCCCUUCUCCCUCUCUUCUUGUCCUUCCUCCCCCUCUUUCCACCGUCUCUUUGCCCAGCUCUUCCAUCCUGUCGGUCCCACGCCCGUGAGAGGAGCUUGCCUCCUCUGGCCUCCUGCCCCGAUGCCCCCUUCGCAGGAUAGCUUGUCCUCUUUGGUCUCCGACAAGGUUUUUCAUCAGGAAGAGCAUGAGACGGGCGAUUUCCCCCCGUCGUCGGUCACUCUCGUCCGCCACAGACGGAAGCUUGUUGUCACCAAUCCGGCCUGGUACCGGAACAGUUUGUUGGCCAGCGUGGGCUUUCUCGAAUUCGCCAACGCAGGCGACUUCGCAGCAAAUGUGUGGAACGACGUACCCGUACCGUUGUAUGCGGUCAUCUUCAUGGCCAUCGGGGGUCCAUUAGCCCUCCUCAUCAGCGUCGCUGCGCUGUGGGAUGGCAUCCUCAGCUGGCGAAAUGUCCGCAUCCUCCACACAGAACGACAGUACCUCAAGGCCCUUCGACUGCAGCAUCUCGACCCACCCACACGCACCCCGGUAGAUCAGGCUUCCGUCCGGCUCAUUGACCACCGCCUCGGCGUUAGUUUUCGCGAGUUGGGCUCCGAACUCAUCGACCGCGUCGUCAUGGAUGUAUUUCUUGGCAUCGGUGCCCUUCUGGUCGGCACCGGCACGAUAAUGGCUAUUUGGGGUGCACAUCGCUACAUCUACUACAUCAGUAAUCUCCUCUCCGGCUUUGUGGGCAACUCUUUCGCUGCCGCAUAUGGUGUUCUUAACGCUGUUUGGUCCCUCUAUCUCAUUUGGCGAUUCCACGGACACGACCGUGCAUGUAUGCGCUCCGCUGCCGCCGCACCCUUUCGCGAUCGCCUUCACCGACGAUUCCAAUACUUCAAGUGGCAUUCUCUUGUCAGUGGGAUCACGGGACUGGUGGCAGGUGCAGCCUCAAUGCUCACCUGUAAACGGUGGUGGGGAUAUGUUAUGUUGAUCCCCUGCAUGCUAUUGGAGGUAGGCUGUAACCAGUUUUGGCGGGUUCAGCUGGGCUACGAUCGUCCGAUUGUGACCGAGCAUCCGCACUGGGGCUUGAUCCCCGAUUAUAGAGAAAGUAAGGAAGAUGAAGAGAAGGACAGCAUCCUCCUCGACACGCUGGCGUCCGUCAUUGGCAUGCAAAAUGCCCUGACACCGCUUCCGACAUCCAUGAUUGACGUCGACUGGACCUCGCUCGAUUCCCUACUCUCGUUCAUUGUCAACAACCAUCUCUUCGAUUCUCUCUGCGGCUGGCUCGCAACGCACUCCUCUGUGCAAAUAGACUUCAAAAACGGCCUGUUCCGCUUAUCCGCGGAGUACAAGGAAAUCACUUUGACGCUGGCAGACUUUCGCAGUCUGCCCGAUGCCGAGCGUCCCCGACUUCAUCAAUUUUGUCAGGACUUUUUAUAUACCGAGGGACGUCAGGUAAUGCUCGGCCGGGAACGUUAUUUAUUGGAGAUGGUCGGGUACACCGCUUGGAAAGAUGGUUGAAAUUACUCUCAUAUAUUAUGCCGUAAGGUGUGCAUCCGUGUAUAUAAGCAUGAAGAGUGAUGAUACUGGCAUGCGGCUACGGAGACUCGUGCCGGCACACGAGUCAUGACGACUCUAUAUAAAUGACUAAUGUUUGUUCCUGUUGCA